CAACAAACCACAACAACGUCUGGAGGGGGUCAUUUUUCUUUCUUCAUGAAGUCCAAACUCUGCAGGCUCCAUGCUCGCAUCCACCGCUAAUGUAGCUGCGAUUUCAAGAGCAUUUUACGUGCUUCCUACACUACAGACCGGUCGCAGUGGAAGUUUGAGGUAUAUAUCCUCCAGAGCCAAUGCUAUUUUCAAGGAUGCGGGCACCGCAGAAUUUCUUGCUGCUGUUGGUGAUAAAGAAUCUCUACCCUUCCUAGGCGGGCUUCCUGAGGUAGUUGUAACAGGUCGAGCAAACGUUGGAAAAUCAUCUUUGCUUAAUUCUGUGGUUGGGCGUCGAGAUCUUCUUUUCACCAGUAAGAAAGCUGGUCGAACACAAACACUCAACUUUUUCCGUGUUGGAUCUCAUCCUGGUCGUUUGGUCGUCGUCGACUCCCCGGGAUAUGGUGCCAGGGGCCGACCCGAGUGGGGUGCCCUUUUCAACCAUUAUCUAGAAACUCGGAAAAAGUUAUGCCGCGUCUUUAUCUUGAUAUCUGCUGCUCAUGGUAUGACUGCUACCGACGAGGCAAUGCUGUCCUCGUUGAAUACUCAGAUCCAGUCACUCGACGACAUCUCCUGGACGCUUCAAGCAAUCAUCACCAGGGCCGACGCACUGAAAGCAAACGGUCGCGCCCAAAUAAAUCAGAUUGAACAAGAUAUCUUUCGCGUUGCCCCGACAUGCUUACCCCCCAUCAUCACCUCAUGUCCGUCUAAGGGAAUUCCUUUUGGCAUCGAUGAAGUCAGGAAGUCGAUUUCUCAUGCAUGUGGAAUCCUCCCUUAGAGAUCUUACUCACAACGACUGCCUGCUUGUCGUCGUUGACAAUAGUCGGACGUGUAUCUGAUAAUAAGGGUGGGCUCAGAUUAAUAUCUAAAUUAAUGCCCUUCCUAAGCGAUCGUAAUGUUGUUUUUUAAGGUGGCUGAGGAAAUCAAAUAUGGGUUCUUCCUUAAAAGAUAAUGCCGGCUCUUGGAACAUCGUGUCUUUGUCGCUCCGACACUCCGAGUCCGCUUCUCAAGUUCCAUCCGAGGUGUACACUGAUCACUUGAAGCUAUAUCAGACUGUGGCUUAGUUCGCGAUGCGCUAUCUCG